AUGUCGAGCAAACAUGAACGGAACAACGGUGAGUGGUCAGGCCCGCGACGGCUCCCCUCCGUCAGGGAGAAGCUGUCGGGCUUUGUGCGGCGCGGCCGGGAAAAGGCAAAGAAGACCACAAUGUCGGUCUUGGGGGAAUCACGACACGAGCGACCAUCCCUGGACGAGAGCAUGAAGGACUCCCCGCGGGUCCAGGUGCAGGACUUUGGGACGUCGAGUCUCGAGAUUGACCUGCAGUCCCUCGAGGCCUUCCGCAUGGCGCCGCCGGAGCCAGCCAAGCAAGCAGGGCAGCAGAAGCAGGUGAAGAAGACUUCUUCGCGGACCUCGUCCAUGACGCCCAUCGCCGACAUGUUUGCCAGAAAGGCCACGACAGCUGCGCUUGCAACCAUCGACAUACGAUCGCUCAACAAGUCGUCACCAUCGCUCCUCACAUCGGCCGCCGCCAGCAAACCGGCCGAAGCACGCCGCCCUGGUCAAGCUCCCUUGCUCAGGGCAGCCGCACCAAGCUCUGCAGCCAGCGUAAUCAUCAUCAACAACGGCUCGACCGGUCAAGCUCAGUCACACACCUCGAAACCAUGGCCGCCGCCAGAGACGCCUCGCACAGCUGCAGCACCCAUCCGCACUCAAUUCUCCUCCACCGCCUCGGCGUCGAACCAGUCUAACAGAGCGCCGCUCCACGAGCCGCCACGACGCGCCGCCUUCGUGCCAGCCUAUGUGCCGUCGCGGGCCGCCCCUAUUACCACGCCAGCAGAGCCUGUCACCAGGCCCCACCAACAAAAUGCCGACGCCGUUGCCAGGCAGCAACGGCUCUCGCACAACACGGACAAGCGCCACUCAACGCCCACUGGAAUGCCCUCGUUGCCAACGACGACUACGACCACGACCACGACGGCCCUAGCGCCGAAUAAGCUUCUUUUGGCAGAGAUUGUCCAAACGGAUCGCAGACGGUCUUGGCAACCGGCACCGACAUCGGUGCCUUCAGCUUCAGGGACCCCGACGUCAUCCGGACCUCCAUCCGCAUCCGCCCCGUGGCGUGAUCGUGAUCUCGGCAGCAGUCGGAAAGCAUCAUCCCGCAUUGCCUCGGACCGCCUCGCCUGGAUCCGUGAGCUCGAGGAUGGCAGGAAGAAGAAGUCGACAAUCAAUGGCGAUCUCCCCGUGCUCAGGACCAUGCAGGGCGGCGUGGCGGACAAGCUGGCCAAGUUUGAGAGUCAGAGGCAGCAGCAGCAGCAGCAACAACAGGUACCGCUCACGCGGUCCAACUCGACCAGGAGUCGCAUCUCGUCUGUCGCGGACACGACCUUCUCCUCGUACAACGGCCCAGCCACCGCCCGGUCGUCGCUCGACACCUGUCGCACCUCCUCUGUUUUCUCGCAUUACGAUGAUUCGUUCCGCGAGAAGAUGGAGUUCAUCGCGGGCGCUGCCAACCGCGCGGCGGACGACGAGAUCGAAGAAAAGCCUGUCCUGGCCAAGGUCACGUCUGCAUUUGUACCUGUGGAGAAGGUGGAUGGCAUCGCGGGACACGCCACUCGUGCGGCGGACGACCGAAUUGAAGACAAGCCCGCCCUGACGGAUGCCAUGCCUGCUGUUGUGCCGGUGGCGGAGAAGGUUGAUGUCACCACGGUACAUGCCAGCCUCGCGCCGGCGGACGACGAAAACGAAAAGACGCCCGCCCUACCAGAAGUCACGUCGACCUUUGUGUCCGUGGGGAAGAUGAUCAAGCCGACAUGCGUUAUCAAGCCUCAACCUGUUUGA